AUGAAUCAGUCUGUAUGUUAUGAUAUUAAUCGAAUUACAGAAUGGCAAAACUUAAUAGAUGUGGAGAUUGAUAAUGAAGAGAUAAGCAAUGGAAUCAGGGAACAAGAACAAGAUGUUCGGCAAAUUCUUUUCAAAUCCUUGAUUAAGAAUAUACCACCAGAAGCAAUCCUAGAAGUAUGGUUUGUCCGAGCAACUGGAACUCAAGGAAUUGGUCAUUAUGUGGUUCUGCUUGAUGAAGGAACACAUUUAUGCACUUGCCUUCUCUUGAUCAAUAAAGGAUUAAUAUGCCGGCAUUUUUUUCGAGUUGGUACUUAUUCUCAACAUGCGGCAUUUCACAUGAAUAUUAUUCCAAGCCGAUGGUACCUAGAUAUCAAUAUUCAGUUAGAUAAUCUUUCUCCUAUUUCAGUAUGUGGUACACAAACAGAAGAUAGAGUAGGAAUGGAAAAAAGUAUUACCUUUCAACACUUUUUUUCAUUUCGGGUUGAUUCACAUGUUUCCAAUUUGGCUAUAAAAUCAACUAAAGCUAUUUAUGCAGAAUUGUUUGGGUUAUCAAAGAAAGCUAUUGAUUGUGCACUUAAAGCCAAUAUGCAACAUGAGUUGAUGAAUUUACUCAAGUCUUUUAUCUAUGAUACACAUAAUAAGAAUGUUGAAAUUCAAGAAACUCAAGAAACCUUUACUGAUAUUAAUAAUCCUGCUAUUACUAAACAUAAAGGACGACCUCCAAAAAGGUUUAAAUCUAGUGUAGAAACUUUGGGAAAACGGGUUUUAAAGGAUAGUACAAAGGUUAAUAUGAUAACAGACAACGUUAUAGUAGAAGAGGAAACAAAUAAUACAAAAGGGCGAAAAUGUGGAAAGUGCAAGCAAUAUGGACAUUAUGCGAAGACAUGUCAAAAUAGUUGUUAGAUUAUAGCAUGUAUGCGCACUUUUAAUAGUAUGUAUAUGCAUGUAUGUGCAUUUAAAUUUUAUAAUAAAAAUAAU